AUGAAGAUUGGCUCCCAUCUCACUGGCCUCGCUGCAGCCGUCGCGCUGCCCUGGCUCGCCUCAGCCGCGACCAGCACCAACUCGACGUCCGGCCCGGACAAGGACGGCAAGUACUGGAUCGAGGGCGACGGCCUGCGCGCCGCUUUUAUCCCCUACGGGGCCACCGUCUCCAACGUGCUUCUCAAGGACAAGCGCGGCGUCGAGCGCGACAUUGUCGCUGGCUGGGACAAUGCCACCUACUAUGGCGAGGACAAGCUUCACCCGCACUUUGGCGGCGUCCCCGGGCGCUACGCCAACCGCAUCAAGAACAGCACCUUUGCCAUAGACGGUAAAACAUACCACGUAAAGGCCAACGAGAACCCGACGCCCAAUCACCCGGACGGCGUCGACACGCUGCACGGCGGGCCAGACGGCUGGGACUGGCGCAACUUUACUGUUGUAUCCCACACCAGCAACAGCAUUACGUUUAUGAUUCUCGACCCUGACGGCAAGGAGGGCUUCCCUGGCGAGGUCAUCUCGUACAUCACCUACACGCUGCAGGGCAUGGACUGGCACAUCAAGAUGAUUGCCCUCGCGACCACCAAGAAGACGCCCAUAAUGCUCAGCAGCCACACCUACUGGAACCUCGAUGGCUUCGCCAACAGUGAGACCAGCACGGCUCUCAACCACACGCUGCACCUGCCCUACAGCGGCCAGCGCGUCGCGGUGGACAAUAUCCUCAUCCCCACUGGCGAGUUUUGGUCCAACAAGAACGGCUCGGUCAACGAUUUCUGGAGCGAGCCCCGGCAGAUUGGCCAUGCCAUGGGCGAAAAGGACCUCGUCAACAACUGCGGCUUCAACUGUACUGGUUACGACAAUUGCUUCCUCGUCAACCGAGACCACCUCGGCCCCUACGACUGGCGCAACGAGGGUCCCGUCGCCCGCCUCGCUUCCCAGUGGUCUGGCAUCGAGAUUGACGUUUACACCGACCAGCAGGCCUUUCAAAUCUACAGCUGCAACGGCAUGGACGGUAGUGUCGCUCUCAAGAAGACACAGGGUUUCAAGGAUAACAAGGACUUUCCACGCACCAUUCCUCAGUACGGCUGCGUCGUCAUGGAAGUACAGGACUACAUUGACGGCAUCAACAACCCCGAGUGGAUGCGCGGCAACCGUCAGAUAUUUGGGCCCGGCGACGACCCGUAUGUUCUCCAGGCUACGUACAAGUUCAAGGUCCACAAGGACGAGGACGAGUCGAGUGCCUGA